AGCAGAGCUGCCUGCUGUGAGCAUUUUCGCCGGAGGUCGCGUAGCCGGAGACUACAUUAUGUCGUCCGAACAAGAAAGGCGAGAGCUUGACGAGAGGGCGAGACGGGGGGAGACGGUGGUCCCAGGCGGUACCGGCGGGAAGAGCCUGGAAGCUCAGGAACGCCUCGCUGAAGGGCGUAGCCGUGGAGGGCAGACUCGCAGGGAGCAGCUAGGGACUGAAGGGUACCAGGAGAUGGGUCGCAAAGGCGGGCUGAGCACCACCGAGGAGUCCGGCGAGGAGCGUGCGCAGAGAGAAGGCAUCCCGAUCAAAGUCGAAGUUCACGAAGCAAGAAGAGACUGAUCGUGCAUAAUCCCCAAUCUCUGUAACAACUCGUGGAAGUCUAAUUGUGUAUUUGAGAGUAUAUGUAAGCACGUAGCAACGAUGGCUUAGGUUUGGUUAGUCUGGGUACGACGCCGCACGUAGGUUUGUCAAUCAUGCACGCACUCCUGGUGUUUGUGUAUUUUGCAGUCUGCGUGCAUGUUGUAGUUUGUACGUCAAGUGUCUUUUCUAGUUGCAUAAUGAGAUAGAUGUAAACAGCUGCUUUCAUGAGGUUCUA